UGAGUGUUCUCAGAAGUGUCGCCAUAUGUUCAUCGUGGAGACGGUGUGCGUGGCCUGGUUCUCCCUAGAGUGGAUCCUGCGCUUCAUUCAGGCUCGCAGCAAGCUGGAGUUCAUCCGAGGGCCCCUCAACGUCAUUGACGCCAUGGCCAUCCUGCCCUACUAUGUGUCCCUGGUGGUGGAUGAGGAUGAUCCGGCCCUGGACCAUGAGAAGGCCGGGGGGACCAGCUACCUGGACAAGCUGGGCCUGGUGCUCCGGAUCCUGAGGGCCCUGAGGAUCCUGUAUGUGAUGAGGCUGGCCCGUCACUCUCUGGGCCUGCAGACCCUGGGCCUGACGGUGAGGAAGAGCACCAGAGAGUUUGGCCUUCUGCUGCUCUUCCUGUGUGUGGCCGUCACCCUCUUCUCCCCGUUGGUUCACCUGGCCGAGAGCGAGCUGACCGGAGCCCAGGACUUCAGCAGCAUACCCGCCUCUUAUUGGUGGGCCAUUAUCUCCAUGACGACAGUGGGCUACGGCGACAUGGUGCCACGCAGCAUCCCUGGCCAGGUGGUGGCGCUGAGCAGCAUUCUGAGUGGCAUCCUCAUCAUGGCCUUCCCAGCCACCUCCAUCUUCCACAUGUUCUCUAAGAGCUACCAGGAGCUCAAGCAGGAGCACAACCGCCUGUUCAAAGAGGAGUGUGCGGCUGCAGCGGCCCUGGCGGCAACCAGCAGGGAAGGUCAGGAGGGGAGCGAGGACUUCCCUCCCCCAGGGCUGCGCCACAUGUGCCCAGACACGGAGAGCACUCGCUCUCUGGAGUCCCUGUCCCUUCUUGAGAACGGUGGUGUGGUCUCAGGGAAUAACCAGCAUAGCCACAGCCCCAGGCUGCCAGCUGGAGCCUUCUAGACAGACAGACAGGCCUCACCUGCCCUGGCCCACAGACCUCACAGCACACUAGGAACAGGGAGGCCUCAGCAGGCUUACUAAUCACAGACUUAAUAGAAGAUGCAGUAAAAGAUCCAAUCCAAAGUAAUUUUUUCCAUGGCUGUCUUUAUCUCUGAAAAUAUUGCGUAGCUCACCCACAACAUAAUUGUUUUAAUUUUAGUCUCAAUCUCUAUCUGAGAUCAGAAUGUGCAGACCUGGGCCAAUGGAAGCCAUAGCCAUCUGUCUACCCUAGACCCAUCUGUACUGAGCUCAACUCUGCUGAUUUUAUUUCUGAGAGGCUUUGAAAGCUGUACUUUAAAAAAAUCUCAGAUGGAUGCUUCUGACUCUCCCAUGCUGAAUAAACCCUCUCUCUUUCUCCCUUUGCAACAAAUACAAAGACACACACAGACUAACACUGGAUUUGGCUGCUUGAGUGUCUGGAGUCAUGGGCAUGGAGUUAUUUGUCACUCCACCACAUCUUCCGUUGUGACCUGCAGGAAGAGGAUAUUGGAUGAGCAGUGUUCAUAGUCCUUUUAUAAUCUACAGGAGACAGAGAGCCAUCGGCAUAGAAUUAACUUUGUUAGGCUCCAAAUAAAAACACAAGUAAUCUCAACUACGCAGUUGUCAUAGUUUUUUGUCUUUCUGGGAAGAUAUAUCCUAUCCUAUUCCCUGAAAAGAUAAAUCAGAGAGGGUAUGUGCCGGGUUGAAACAUUAGUCCGUGUAAGUGAGAUUAAGCUGCCAAGACGCAGCAUCAUCUGAUGCAAAAUGCAUCAAUACCAGCUGUAAGUUAUAUAUCUUGAAAACUUGAUUGCUGACAUGCAAAACAUUUUGGGACUAUAUCAACAAUGGACUAAUGAAAUAAAUACCAAAAGAUAGUUGUUGUUUCUUUCUUUAAGGGCCCUACACACCCUACAUAAACAGCCUACGUAAACAGAGUGAUGGAGCAUCGUCAAAUCAAACUUUAUUUGUCACAUGCGCCGAAUGUAAGUCUAGACCUUACCAUGAAAUGCUUACUUACAAGCCCUUAACCAACAGUGUAGUUCAA